AGGAAAAGAAGUAAGGAAGUCAUUAUAUAUGGAAAAAUCAGUGAGUUAUAGAGGAGUAAGAAAGAGGAAGUGGGGGAAAUGGGUUUCAGAGAUAAGAGAACCAGGAAAGAAGACAAGGAUAUGGUUAGGGAGCUUCCAGUCGCCGGAAAUGGCAGCGGCGGCUUACGACGUGGCGUGUUAUAAGUUGAGAGGUAAAGAAGGGCUGCUAAAUUUCCCGGAGUUAGUGAAUGAGUUUCCUAGACCGAGAAGUGAGGAAGCGGAGGAGAUAAGAGUGGCGGCGGUGGAGGCGGCGGGGAUGGUUGGGAGGUGGCCGGAGAUGGUGAGGAGAGGGAGUGGUAUUGCCGGCUUUGAAGAGGUUGAGUCAAAGGGCUUGGGUCUGAGGAACUUGGGCUUGAUUCACCCGAAGAUGUGGGCGGAGCUCGCCGAGGCUCUGUUGCUUGCGCCGCCUGUCGUGGAGGUGGAGAUGGGGUGGCUGAUUUUGAUGAUGUUGAGUAUGAUCAAUGUCUUUGGGCUUGGGGCUCUUAAUUUUUAUUAAUAUAUAUAUAUAUAUAUAUAUUUUUUAUUUAGAAAAUGGACAAGCCACACCCCGAGAUCAGGGUGCGAUAAUCUCAACAUACUUGAAACCCUCACCUUGCACGAAGGCUUAGAAUUAGUUCUUGGGUUUUUGGACUAAGGUUCUUGUUUAGUCCAAAUAAAAAAUUAUUAUUAUUAGUAGUAUUAUUAGUAUUGUUAUUAUUGAAAAAAUUGAUUAAUAAUUUGGGUAGAUAUAUAUUUUAUAUUUCUGUUUGUUUACAGACGUACAUGCUCUGGUUUUUUUCUUGAGGAUGAAUGAGUUGUAGACAAAGGUAGUUAGGGACACGUGAAAUGUACGUGAGUUCUUGAGGUGUUUGUUGGUUUAUCAAAGAUGUAGUACAUUCACUAUGAUGAUAAUGAUAAGAGGUGUUAAAUAGUGUGUUGAUUUAAGCUUCA